CCAUUUAACGUUCCGCACUGGGUCACGGAUUCCUGGACUCAGUGGAGGGUACAUGGAGAAUGCUGGAAGCCGACAUUUUUUUCCGCACACCUGUGCAUCAGUGGUCUGAUUGAGGAAAGUGGAGAGCCGCAAAAAUCUAUAGUAGGAGAGCUGGAAAAUAUUGAAGUCUCAACAAAUGAAUUCCACACUUGAAUUCUGCCGCAUUCCUAUGCCACCUCCUCCUUUAGAAAACUGAUCUUAGAACAGAGAGAUUAAAAAAAAGGACUACAAGUUAGAAGAAGAUGCUGGGAUCUGAACGUGGUGUUGUGGAAGAAUGGUUAUCAGAAUUCAAGGCGUUACCUGACACUCAGAUCACCAAUUAUGCAGCAACUUUACACCGGAAAAAAACACUGGUCCCAGCCCUCUAUAAAGUUAUUCAAGAUUCAAAUAAUGAGCUUCUGGAGCCUGUCUGCCACCAGCUGUUUGAGCUCUAUCGUAGCUCUGAAGUUCGACUUAAGAGGUUCACACUGCAGUUCUUGCCGGAAUUGAUGUGGGUUUAUUUACGGCUUACAGUUAGCCGAGACAGACAGAGUAAUGGCUGCAUUGAAGCACUUCUGUUAGGAAUUUACAAUUUGGAAAUUGCUGAUAAAGAUGGAAACAAUAAAGUUCUGUCUUUUACUAUCCCUUCCUUAUCCAAGCCUUCAAUAUACCAUGAGCCCUCAACAAUUGGAUCCAUGGCUUUGACAGAAGGGGCAUUGUGUCAGCAUGAUCUCAUCAGGGUUGUUUAUAGUGAUCUUCAUCCUCAGAGGGAAACAUUCACUGCACAAAACCGGUUUGAAGUCCUGAGUUUUCUCAUGUUGUGUUAUAAUUCUGCUAUUGUGUAUAUGCCUGCUUCAUCUUACCAGUCUCUUUGUCGGAUGGGCUCCAGGGUUUGUGUGAGUGGGUUUCCACGGCAACAUGAAAAACACUGGAAAGAACUCUGUGGUCGAAUAGUAUUGGAUCCCGAAUUCAUGGUGCAACUCCUCACAGGGGUUUAUUAUGCCAUGUAUAAUGGGCAGUGGGACCUUGGCCAAGAAGUCCUUGAUGACAUCAUUUAUAGAGCUCAGCUAGAACUUUUUUCUCAACCACUAUUGGUUGCCAAUGCCAUGAAAAACUCAUUACCAUUUGAUGCUCCUGAUUCUUCACAAGAAGGCCAGAAAGUACUUAAAGUGGAAGUCACUCCAACAGUGCCGAGGAUUUCUCGGACUGCAAUUACAACAGCUUCAAUCCGUCGUCAUAGAUGGAGAAGAGAAGAUGGCUUUGACUUCUCAAACGAGGCUGACUCGAGUAUUCCUGGCUCCCCGGUCCAACACGGCUCCACUGACCUAGGGAUCAAACGUGUGCAAGAGGGGGAGGUGCUGGUGCGCAGGACCCCUGAGCACGGCUCACCGGAGCCCAACUCAGCAGCAGCCACAACAGAGGGUGCUGAGGGUGUAAAUGGAGGAGAAGAGUCGGUAAACCUAAAUGAUGCAGAUGAAGGCUUUUCAUCAGGGGCCUCCCUCAGCAGUCAGCCAAUUGGGACCAAACCAUCCUCCUCUUCUCAGAGGGGAAGCUUAAGGAAAGUAGCAGCUGGGCGUUCAGCUAAGGAUAAAGAAACAGCUUCUGUCAUCAAAUCCAGUGAGAGCCCUCGAGAUUCAGUCAUUCGCAGGCAGUAUGUACAGCAACCAACUGAUCUUAGUGUAGAUUCAAUCGAGCUGACACCGAUGAAGAAACACCUGAGCCUGCCUGCUGGCCAGGUGGUGCCAAAAGCCAAUAGUUUAAGUCUAAUCCGGACAGCCAGUGCUUCCUCAAGUAAAUCAUUUGACUAUGUAAAUGGCAGUCAAGCAAGUACCAGCAUUGGGGUUGGCACUGAGGGAGUUACUAAUCUAGCAGCUAACAAUGUUAAUCGAUACUCAACUAUCAGUCUACAGGAAGACCGGCUAGGUCAAGCUGGAGAAGGUAAAGAGCUCCUUAGCCCAGGAGCUCCCUUAACCAAGCAGUCUCGAUCCCCAAGUUUCAAUAUGCAGCUAAUAUCCCAGGUGUAGUUCUGACAUCCUCUCUCAUCUUUUUGCUUACCUUUUAAACUGAACAUUUCAUUGUACAUGAAGACACUUCAUCCCACAUUGUGAAAAAAUUGGUCAUCGUAAUCAGAUUUGAUUUAGUUUAGGUAUCUUCAUACUGUAUUUUGUAUGGAAACAGCAAUAAGGUUUUCUUUUUUCCUCCUUCCUCUAUCUUCUCUUCACCUUAUUCCUUGUAAAUGUGUUUGUGAAGCAGUAUAAAAUGUAUGCAUCUUCCAUACCUUCCUUUCUCUGUGGGUGAUGUGCAAUCCAUCGUAGGCUGAUCGGUCCCAUUUCAGCACUGUGAGACUGAGGAUACGUUAGAGGAAAUGGUGUAUAUGAUCCCUAUGAAUUGAUUCUUUGGCUUUUGUUUAAAAACAAAACAAAACGGGUUUGUUCUCAUAAUUUAUAGAACUGUGGAGAUUACUGGAUCAUAUUUUUUUCUCUUUUAACCAGGAGUGCCUCAGAGAUUCUGCUAUGACUUUGGACUUCUCUGAGUCUGUACAAUCAUUUUCUUGAGAAGCAUGGGGAAAGGUGGUAGACUGCUGCACUUUUUCAUUAAAAUGUGGGUGGCUCUUUUUCCCCCCAUCUCCUUUAUCUCCAGGACACAAGGUUCAGUUACUGAGGCAUUUAAAUCACGUUAUGGCCCCCUCCUUUGGAGGGCAGGGCUCAAAAUUGUUUGUUUAAUUGAUAAUGCACUUUCUCAAUGGCUCUAUAGUCAUUAUUAACAUGUCUUCCCUCCUCCCCACAAGGACAUAGGUCAUUUCUGUCCUUAAAGUUUGAACAACUAACAAAUCAGAGAAUCCAAGGGGCAUGUUCUAUUUCCCAGGAAUGAUUGACACUUUGGUGCUGGGGUUUGUUGGGGGAGGGGGAGGGGUGGUUUUUGUUUAGCUUGUGUGGGACUGUGUGUGCGAGGGGAAGUUUUGAUAGGUUUUUUUCUUUUCCUUUGUGAGCUGAUGAUGACUGAAGUAGAACAAGUACGUCUUCAGGUAAAGAGGGGGAUUUCUCAACUUGCUUUCUGUGAUGUCAGACUAUUGGAGAAGCCCUUUCAGCUGCUUUCUAGAUGUACCUAAAUUCAGUCAGAUAUUUUGGAUUAAGAAACCUGAAGUCCUGAUAGAUCAUAUACUUUAAGGAAAUACAUCAGGGACAGAUAAUUGGCUGAAAACACUGAUGCUUCAACGUGACACAUUUUUAUAGAACAUUUCUACCAGGGGGUACUGACUUGAUUUCUCCGACAAGGACCACACUGCCUUUAUGUUUAGUGUAAUGCAAUUUGUGUACCUUCUGAUCAUAUAUCUGCAAAAGUUUCUCAUUUUUAUAAAACUUGGAAAUCAUGCCAGUAAGCUAGGUGUUGAAUGUAUGUAAGUAUCAUUUUGGUAAUUGUGCUAAGAGGCUACAAAAAACAUUAUUAGUGAAAAAAAAUUUUUUUUAGUUCUGAUUUGGUUGGGUAAGAUUUCAGUAUAAGUUCUUUUGGGUCUCAGGCUCUAAUGCUUGAUUGAAAAAGAAGAGAAUAUAUUGGUUUUUUAAAAAUCAGUGUAUUGUGACUUGAACUGAUAUACAUUAUCCUUCCACAAAAUACAUCAGAGCUAUUAGUGCUUUAUACAUUUAGACAUUUUAUUGUGAAAGAAAAAUAUACUGAAUUUAUAGAAAGCAAGUAUUUAAUUAACAAAGUUUAAAUUUUUAUCUCUACCAAUUAAAAUUACAGUAGAUUUUGAUAAAAUAAUCAGAAAAAUGCCUCUUGUUUUUUUCCACAUCUGAAAAUCUCCCCUCUCCUCUUCUUAUUUUAAGAGGGUUUGUUUUGUUUUAUAGGGGACUUUGUUAGAAUCUUUGUAAGAACGAUGAGAUGCUUGUUUGAAUUUGGUGGUCUAUAACAUUUUUCAGCUCAUAUGAAAAUGGAAACCUAGAACCUGAACUGAACUAACACAACCAAUACUACUACUACAACAUUGCCAAAGUCUGGGAUAAAGUUAAAAGUUUAUAAAUAGAAAUGUAUUGAUGUGUGUAUGAGUGAGUGAGUGUGUGUGUGUGUGUGUGUGUGUGUGUAUCACAAAGACAUAUUUUAGAUGUCCCUCUUUUUUAAUUUAAGGGAUGUCAGAUAAGUGAGUUUGAAAGCAGCCAAAAAAAAUGAGGUGUAAAGAUCUGUAACAUCCUGAGGAAAGCAAAGUUUCAGGUAUGAAAGGAAAAGAGCAUUGUUCUUACCAAGGGGUAAGAUCUUGGCCAUCAGCGGUUGAUUUAGGAGGCUGAUGGGUUGUUUUGAUUUCAACAAGUUGUACAUAUGUUGGCAUCUAAAUCUAGCAUGGUUUAAAGCGCGUGCGCGCGCGCACACACACACACACACACACACACACACACACAAAACAAUACCAAAUUACAGCAAAAGCUGUAAUACAUAUAAAUCUCGCUUUUAUUUUGUUAAAAAUCUUAUACUUGAAAAGUUGGUUUUGAAAAACUUUCAACUUCUAAGAAUUUAUUUAUCUGUAUGUAUAUACAUGCAUAUUUUGUAUGUAUAUAUACCCAUUAAUGUUUCAUGACCCUGUAACAUUUUUUCCAUUCUUUUAAGUUAUGUGAUUUGGCUUUAAUGAAGAAACAUUUCAUUUAGUUCAAACUGUGCAUUCAGGGUCUUAGAACAGAUUUCCUGUGCAAGAUAUAACUAAAAUGGAAUGAGUUUUAAUAAACCAUAAGUCAAAUUUUCUAAGAGAUUUUUUAUAUUCAUUUGCAUUAUUUAUUGGCAUUUAAUUCAAAAUAGUUUUCAGAUAUACAACAGCUGUUACAAAUAUAUACCAGCAAUAUGCAUACUUUAUUAUUUAACAGCCUGUUGUUUUAUACUUCUUACCUUUCAUAAGAAAAAGUCCUUCUCUCUAUGGAAAAGCUCAUUACAGAGAAAAUACUUGUUUUCUAUAAUAAAACAAUCUGAUGCCAUCUGUGUCAGGUUAGAGAAGCUGGAAGGGGGAAAAUGGUUAUAGUUUGAAGUACUGACCCCUACCACCACUCUUAUGCUCCCAGUUACUCUUCUGUGCCUGUUUAUUAUAGUCAGAAUUUUUGUGCUAGACGAGACCCUAGAAAUAAUCUAGCUAGUAGCCCAGCUCCCCAAAUAUCAUCCUCAGGAAACUGAGACUCAAAACAGUUGUGACAUGAUUAAGUUCACAUAACUAAGAAGCAGAGCCAGAAUAUAACUCCUGUCUCCCAUCAAAUGCAUAUUAACACCCACUGCCUCCCUGUACUCUACUAUGGUAAAUGUGGUAUGUAACUGUCUCCAUUUUUGCAGUUUCUUUAUAUUUCUGGUCUAGUAGUUAGUGAAUAUAGCACAUUAAGAAAAGUAUGAAAUCCAGAAAAUAUGCAGAGUAAUAAACCUAGAUGGGAAGUGUUGGAAAUGUAGGUAUCUAUACCACAGAUGUAAGGAUAGAUACAUUUUUUUAAUUCUAAUUUAUGCCUUACUAUUUUCUGCCCCAUGCCAGUUGUAUGCUGCCAUUUUAUAGUUGAUUAUAUUUCUGGGGAUUUAUUUAAAUGCAAAAAUAAACCCAAAGAAAUGGCUUUGAUCAGUGUUUCUAGCUAUUUUAAAAUAACUUUUGAAUCAGCCAGCCAGCUUUCACAGUCACCUAGGUGGCAAAUUAAUUGUGUUGCACAAUGGAGUAUUGCAAAGAAAAGAUUAAAUAAAUUUCAUUCCAUUAAUUUCUAAUGUUGAGAAAAUAGAACCUUACAUGUGCUUUAGAAUAGAUACAAGCAAUAUUUCCUUAUGUAAUUGAAAAAGGUUUAUAGUGUGAAGUUUAUGAUUCCAUAAUGGAAUGGUGACCAUAAUGUCAUUUAAAAUGUAUAUACCAUAUAAAAUGUCUUAAAUGCAGUAGUCUCAGCUAUAUAAGCUCAAUAUUUCCAAUGUAUAUUCUCAAAUUCCACUUAGUAGCUUUAAAUUAAACUAUUUAUUAGACACUGGAAUACUGAGAAUAACUUUUCAGAUUUUUUUUUGUUUGCACUAUUUUUGUGAAUAUUUUAAUGAAGUGGGGUGUUUCUGCUACCUCACUUUGUGAGGUUUGUAUGGGUCCAUUUUUGAAUACUUUAGUUAAUAACAAUCAGUUGUCUCAUUUAAUUCUCUGCAUGUUCAUUUAUAAAUUUAAAAAACUAGUAUCUGUCUUUAGGGGGUAGUAUGCUAUUUAUAUAAACACUGGCAAGGAAGAGCUCUCCAUUUCUAAUCUUGGAUUACAAACUAAGUUUUUGGUUUUUUUUAAAUCAGUAUUUCAGUUAUGUAUUUGCUUUUCAGGUUAAAAAUGUUUAAUAGGUCAUGCCAGUGGUCAGAAAAUCUGUAAGAAUUUUAGAGCAACUUUUCUAUACUAUGGCUAUGUUAAACAGUCUGAAUAUAAGACUUUUUACCUUUCAAGUUGAAUGAUUAUUGUCAUGUUUCAAACCACUAAGUCGGUUGAGACACUUAUUUGUAAUACUUUAAUUUUUUUAAAGUGCUUUCUAGAAACAAGUUAUUUGAAAACCAACUAGAAAUUAUUGAAAACUUAAAUUCUCAAAAAUUAGAAUAUUUGCCAGAUUAUAAGAUGGAAUGCAGUGUGAAAUUGUAAACAGUGCUAAUAAAAUCAUGAGUCACCAGAUUGGUACAAUUUUCCAUUUCCAGGGUGGUCAUGUUGAUAAUAUAAGGCAUAAAUUUUAGUAUUAUCUGCAUUGUGUACCUAAUGGGUAUAUCAUAUUGGCACUGAAUAUACAUAGGAAAUAAUAUUCAUAAAGUCAACCAAUGUGCACUUAAAUUAUAUUAGGUUUUUGGCAUUGCCAGAAAUUUGUAUGGUGAUCCUGCCAUUAGAAUUAGAGGAGUCCUCAUCACCCAGCCUUCCCCUAUUCCAUAGACACAUUCCUUCUAAACCUGACCACACAAUCAUAAACUUUUGGUAACUUCAAUUGCUUCAGUAUUUUUGUACUCUUAACUAUUAGUCACAUGAGUAAUAUACACGAGAGCAAACAGUUCAGAAUAGAAGUUAGCCGAAAGCUGGAAAUGAUGUGAAAUAACUGGCAGCACAGUACAGAAAUGUAGGUUCUAUGUUUUACUUUGGAUUUUGAGAAAAUGUUUACAAAUUAAGGCACAUUCAGAUGACUGAUUUUAUGAUUCUAGGCUUACUAUAGAUUUUACAAAAAUCAGAAUUAAGUAUAGCUUACAGUAUAUAUGAGUCUUUGUGUAUCUGGAGGUAGGCUCAAUAAGGAAAUUAUUUUAUUUUCAAAGAGAAAGGAACUUAAUUGGACCAUCCAUCCCCAACUGCAGAAUUGGUAUCAAACUGGUUUGCUGUAUUUAUGUGUCAACAGCUCAGUGUUAAUUGUAUCAGAGGAAAUUCUUCAUUGAUUACAAAAUUUACCAAAGAAAAUGUAUCAACCAAAUAUAAUUUUUUUAAAGUACCUAACUGUUAAGGAAUGAGGCCCCUUUAACAUAAAGGAUUACUCUCUAGCCCUGGGGGAAAUAAAUACUAAAUGAUUCUUUGAUCUGCAACAUAGGUAUACAGUACCUACAAGAUUCCAUUUCAGGCUUUCUUAUGUCAACGUUUUACACUUCCAGCAAAAGCACCAGUUAAGAAGUCCAAAUAUUAUUCAUUACGGCACAUUUUCAUGUCUCCUUAAAUUAAGGAUUCUGCUCAUCAGUAUUGAAAUUCCUAAAAUUGGUAUAUUGUAUGAUACGAUGGCUUUUUAAUAAUAAAAUUGAGGGGGGAGUUAUGGAAAUGCAUCUUUUAAAAUGGGUAAUGGCAGUUAUUUCCAGUAAGUAUGAUACUGGCCAAAAUGGUAUGUUUUUACAUAAUUUAUGUACAUGAUCACUCUGGGUGUUUUUUUUUUUUUUCUUUGCAGAAAACAUCAUUAAUAAAAGCUAAAAUACUCAUUUUUUAAAUGCAUGAACCAAUAAGAUCUAAUGGAUUUACUUAAACUAUUAAGUAAUGAUUUUCGGGGGGCGGGACACAAAAUGUAAUUAUAUAUUAACUAAUGUUGCAAACAGAUUCUAUAUAUGUGGUUUUUUUUCAUAUCAGGUUGUAGUUUAAAAGUAACGUAUUGAUAGGCUAUCUUGGAAACAGAAGAUUGGCUUUCCAAUAAUUCCUAAUGUAGGUUUUGGAUUUUUUUUUAAGCUUUAUCAUCCACAAUGAAUUGAGAGAUAAGUUCAUUGCUCCAUGUAUUGUUUUAAAAUAUUUGUGGGGUGCCUGGUUGGCUCAGUCGAGCAUGUGACUCUUGAUCUCAAGGUUGUAAUUUCAAGCCCCACGUUGGGUAUACAGGUUAUUAAAGUCUAUGAAAAAAUGGAUAAAUAAAUAUUUGUAAUAAGCUUAACUGCUUUCCAGUUAAUCUUUUUGAUUCUCAUUCUAAAAAUUAUGCUGACUUUACAUUCAUUUUAACUGGUUAAGAGAAACCGUUUUUAUGGUGCAAAAAUUAUUUUCACACUAUUUUGUCUCCUGAGCUCUUCUGAGCUACAAUUUCUCAAGAGUUUUAUUAUAGUAAUAUAUAGUCUGGUCUCUGUCACAAUGGUCAAGUAAACAGGAGAUAUCCCACAUGUUUGCUUCAUAAAAUGAUAUGGAAUGUAUAGAUCAGCUCUUCUUGUUUUUUUUAAACCAGCAUCAACCUACAGCUUGGUAUAAAUUUCCCAAGUAUUCAGAGACUCGUGCCGGUGAAAAUUUAAAUAGGAUAGGCAUGAAGAAAAUAUGAUUUCUAUUGACUGAUGUCCUUUCAAUCUAGGACUAGUGAAAACUUUCAUUUUUUCAGAGCUGAAGAAAAAAAACGCACAUUUAAAAUCAUUUAUUGGUGCAUGUAAGCCAUUAUCUUAACUGUCUUACUGAAUUGGUUAAUGCUGUUGAUUGUUGAAAUGUGAAACAUAGUCACUGUUGACCUUGUAAAUAUCUGCCAGAGAUGAAAAAAUAUUUUAAGUUAUUGUAAAUAAAGAUGUAUAAAAUUCAUUAUCAGUCUGCAAUGCAGAAACAUAUCUAAGAUGUUAAAUAUUGUGUUUCUUGAGAGAUGUGUAAUUUUCCCCUAGAUGUAUCUAGUUACAUUAAGACUGUAAAUUUUCUUUUGUACAGUAUAAAAAUACAGCUUUAUUUGGCUUUUGA